AUGUCUUGGUUAAAAACACGCAUACGAAAAUCUAAAGAAUCGCUGUUUCCUCGCUUCGUGGAACCCGUGCCUAACGUUACGGUGACGGUCGGAAGGGACGCCCUCCUUGCGUGCGUCGUCGAGGAUCUAAGAGGAUACAAGGUCGCGUGGGUACGUGUGGACACUCAAACAAUUCUUAGCAUCCAUCAUAAUAUAAUAACACAGAAUCCGCGCAUCAGUCUGUCGUACAACGACCACCGCUCCUGGUACCUGCAUAUCAAGAACGUACAGGAGGUGGAUCGCGGCUGGUACAUGUGUCAAGUCAACACCGAUCCCAUGCGCUCUAGGAAAGGCUACCUGCAAGUUGUUGUACCACCCAUGAUUAUCGACAACAUGACUUCGACGGAUAUGGUUGUCCGUGAAGGAACAAAUGUUACCAUGGUCUGUAGAGCCACAGGUUACCCUGAACCCUAUGUCAUGUGGAGACGAGAAGAUGGCCAGGAAUUUAAUUGCAAUGGUGAAUCAGUUAAUGUAGUAGAUGGAGAGAAUCUAACUAUAUCUAAGGUAUCAAGACUUCACAUGGGGGCAUAUCUGUGUAUCGCUUCCAAUGGCGUGCCGCCUUCGAUCAGUAAACGAGUUGUAUUAAUGGUACAGUUCCCGCCGAUGUUAUCGAUCCCGAAUCAGUUGGAGGCUGCAUAUGUAGGGCAGGACGUUACGCUGGAGUGCCACACAGAGGCCUACCCAUCCUCUAUUAACUACUGGACCACGGAUCGUGGAGAUAUGAUCAUAUCUGGCAACAAAUAUGUAACAGCAUUAAACGACGAUAGUUAUAGUCGAAAAAUGAAACUGACUAUACGUAAAGUAUCGUCCAGGGAUUUCUCAUCUUACCGAUGCGUAGCUAAGAACUCCCUCGGCGAGACAGAUGGUCUUAUUCGACUUGACGAAAUUCCAGCUCCAUCAACAACAAGUACUACAAUUAAUUACGUCCCGACAUUUCCUCAACGAAAAAAAGGUAAACACAAGAACCGAUGGCGAGAUAGUUCUGCAGAAAAUAGAGUAAUAGGAGAUUACGAAGUUGAAGAAUGGAAAGAUAUCGAUUAUGAAUCAACUCAAUCGUCUAGUUCUUCUAGCAUUCAUGGCUUCAUAUACAGCACUUUUGCCGUGGUACUUCUUAGCUGACACGUCGUCGAAAACUUCAAAAAACUCUUGUAGUGCCAAUUGAUUGAAGUGUCUGUAAAACUAAUUCUGUGAACAAGAAAGUAUUUUUCAUAGUUGUUAUUCUGUAAAUAACUACUGUAAAUGUAUGUGUAACUGUUUCUGUUUAAAAAUAAUUCAUUAAACAUCGAAUAUAUACUUUGUUUCAAAACAAGUUUAUAUCUGUACUACUGGGUAAAGAAACUUAUCCACAUAUAUGUCGGUACCUAAGUGCGGUUUGUAAUUUCAGGGCAUAAGUGAAAUGAAUUUCCUAGACAAGAGCAAUUAUAACUUAAAACGAUU